AUGUACUUGAAGCCGUUACAUAUCGAAAUUUGGAUGAUAAUGGUGACUUCCGAGGAUGCAGCCAAGAAUCGGUAUGAUUCUGCCAAGGCUGGCGUGGAGGAAAGUAUGAGGCAGUUUGCUGCAGAAGUUCGUCAGUCGGAUUUCAAAGUUCAAGGGCUUCACACAUUUUCUUCUGUCAUGCAGUGCCUGCCGCGAAGAAUGGGAAAUUCGGGAAAAUACGUAAAUGUGGCUAAUGCUCUGGCCGUGACACUCUAUAUGUGCAACGAAAAUACCCUCACUUUGGUGCAAGAAAGAGACGACUCGGUGGAUAAGAAUAUGUCCGUGAACGAGGGUGAACCUUGGAUGGGUAAUUUCAUAAUCACGAACGCUCCAGAUGUCCCAUCGUUAUUGGGUCAGAGUGUUGAAGAAGUUCCGUCCAAAGGUGUUGAAGGUAAUAUUAAUAGUAACGAUAACAUUGUCGACACCAGCGCAUAG